UGGAACGGUGGGUAUCGCGCGCCCAGUAAUUCUCCUUUCUAGCAUCUUCUGUCCCUAUCGCUUAUCAGGUUCCCCCAACUUCUCUCUCAUCCUUUACUCAUUUCAUCUUCUUCGGUUUUCUGGCUUUUUGUGUGCGGAAAUGGAUCCCAACCCCAAUGAUUUUCCCCUUCUCUGCUAUGUCUUACACCACUUGGAUCCACAUACCUAUUAUCCUCUUCCUACGGAGCUACACCAAACUCUUCUGACUCAAUUCUCCAACUUGUCCCACCCUAAAGUCUUGGCGGCAUUGACUCAAGUCAUCCCUGAGCUCCAAGUCACGCAGACUCUGUUUCUUCUUCGAACACUGGGUCCUCGUCCUGACCCUUCUGCGGUUGCUUUUGCGCGUCUCAAGAUAGCAGAGAUUCGCUCCAAGGUUGAAGAAACAGAGGAGCUGAGAGAGGCUGCUGAGAAAGAGAUGCAGAUUUAUGAGGCGAUGGUGAGGUUGGAGGACAUGCACGAGGAGUAUGCGAAACAUUUGAGGGGUGCGGAAGAGAGGUUGAUUGGGGUUUAUGAGUCAGUGGUGGCAGAAGAAUCGGAGAAAGAGGAUGAGGAGGUGAGUGAAGAAGUUGUUGAAAUUUUGAUGAAAGCAGAGACAGAAGAAGAAAUGGAGAGGCUUGAUCUUUCUAGGCGGCAGCUAAGGCUCAUUCCUGAGGCGUUUGGCAAGAUUCGUGGGCUGGUCGUGCUUAAUUUGUCUAGCAAUCAGUUCAAGAUGAUCCCUGACUCAUUGGCGGGUUUACAAAAACUUGAAGAGCUUGAUAUUUCAUCGAAUCUUCUAGAAUCACUGCCUGAUUCAAUUGGGUUGCUGCUCAAUCUUAGGGUCCUCAACGUGUCCAGUAACAAGCUAAAUGCACUUCCUGAAUCUAUUGCACAUUGCAGGUCACUUGUUGAACUGGAUGCUGGCUUUAACAAUCUAAUGUGUCUGCCAACAAACAUGGGCUAUGGACUUACCAAUCUCAAGAAGCUUUCCAUUUAUCUGAACAAGAUUCGACAUCUUCCCUCGUCUAUUGGUGAAAUGAGGUCUCUUAGAUACCUUGAUGCUCAUUUCAAUGAGCUCUGUGGUCUCCCACAAGCAAUUGGAAGACUGACAAAUCUUGAGUACCUAAACAUUAGCAGUAAUUUCAAUGACCUGACCGAACUUCCUGAAACCAUCAGCGAUCUAAUUAACCUCAGGGAGCUCGACCUAAGCAAUAACCAGAUCUGGGCUCUUCCAUACACAUUUGGUAGGCUUGAAAAAUUAACAAAGCUCAACCUGGACGAGAAUCCAAUUGUAAUCCCGCCACCUGAGGUUGUAAAACAAGGGGUUGAGGCUGUGAAAGACUUCAUGACUAAGAGGUGGCACGAGAUCGUUGCAGAAGAAGAACAGAAAGCUCUGGCUGAAACAAAGAAACAGCAACAGCACGCACAGGGUGGGUGGAUGGCUUGGGGAACCUCAUUGUUGAAUGUUGUUUCUGGAGCUUCUGAAAGUGUUGCAGGAUAUCUGGCUUCCAGAAAAGCCUCAAGAGACCCAUGGUUGGAUCAGCAAUUGUGAUAUUAACAUGGUUUAUGUCACGGAGAGCUUGAUCUUCCUGUUGCAAAAUCCUAAUAUCCUUUUGAUAUUUAUGGAUUGAGUAGCAAGUUUUUGACUUUUGCACAUAUUGGCGUCAUAUUUUUGUGGAAUGGUGUGACCCAGAGAGCUGUAGGCCUCUGAAAGUAAUAUAAUCUCAAGUACUGGCACAUGUUAUAAUACCUUGUGAAUAUGAUAUGAAUCAACAGAGUGCGCCUUCUUUCUCAGUGAUCUGUAUUAGGUGAUAGUCUGUUCUCAAUAAAAUACCAUGUUUAAAAUGUCAA